GGCAAAAGGAAAAACUCCACAAAAUUUUUCAAAAAAAUUCAUCCUUUAAAUUAGCAAUGACUUAUAAUCGUCGCCGGAACAUAUUUUCUUUGGGCGAUUUUCAUCAAUAUCCAAAUCCCACACAGCAAAUAAAAGCUCAACUCAAUCGACGCCAAAAUUCUGAUCCCUUCGAACGUGAUCCAUUCAAAAUCCAAUCAUACAAUUUUCGCUACGCCGAACGUCCAUCAUCUUCCCUAGCGAAUUUGGCCAAUAGCUGCGCUCAACCAUCGCAUCAGUCGCCAUCAUCGCAAAAACGUUUUGAGACAUUUUUCUACAAUUAUGACUUCACUUCUUCUGUGCAUGACAAAGAAAAUUCUCGAACAAACAAGUUUCGCGAAUUUCGUCGACGGAAAUUCCUUUUGGAUCACCAACAACAAAAUCCGACAACGGCGACCAUGCACGAACGAUUGCACCCAAACAAUGGCAAUGGCACAAGACGUACAGCCGCUGAGUCCGCUACAGCUGCAGCAAAUCCAGGCGUCAACUCUGGUCGGGCCAGCCUAUCGGGCAGUGAAUACGAACGUAUGCGCGGAAGCGACAAUGGCGGCCGACAUCAUCAAACACUUGGCUGUGCCACAGAUACAAGCAGCAUUGGCACAUCCGGUGUGCCCCGUGCAGAACGCGAAUAUGUUGGCACAACCUCCCAAAAGUACGGUCGUACGACGAAUGCGUGCUCUACUGGGAACCGAGAAUACAUGCGGGCGCUUGCCUCUGCUCACAUCGGUGCAUCGGCCCAACCAAACUACCUUGGUCGGGGCCGUUGCAACAGCCCCUCGACCCUCGAAUACAUUCGACAGCUGCGCGUUGAAGCGACGGGUGACGGGCGCGUUAUUAGACAGCAAGGUUACAACUCCAAUGGCUCAUUGCUUGAUAGCGCGAAGGGCGCUGACUUUCAAGAAUUGUCAUGCUCAAGAGCGUCAUCGUCAAAACAUGUUCGACAACCCUUACAUACCAUACGUUCAGCUUCCCCGAAUCGGGUAACUACGACAGUGGAGAAGUCGGAGGACACUUGUUCUGGUUGCCAAAUCAAUAUCAGCAUCAAAGGUUUGGACUCAACCGAAUUGGGCGAUAAUGUUGUUAUCAAGAUCGAGUCGGAUAACAAUACACCCACUAAAAUGAGUCCGAAAACGGACACUAAGAAUGCGCAGCAUACUAUAGCUAAAUUAAUGGAAAUCAGACAUAACUCCGAAAUGAACCGCAAUCUCGAUAUUAAACCGGGAACUUUUGCACACCAGCAAAGGGCAACAAUACAUGACUCAUCAUCUGCAUCUUUUGUAAUCGAUAAAAGUCUCUCCAAGUUUGCGAUGACUUCCUCCGACGAGCGCGAGCUACGUAAGUUCAGGCCACGCAGUUCUUCUCAUUCCCGCUUGCCUGUCACUUCAUCAACUGCACGUGUAAUGGGGUUCGCCUCUUUCACCAACCCAAUGCGCGUACCGAAUAGCAGUGAAGGUAUUAAUCGCAACGCAAAAAAUUUAUCCAAUGAACGUAUGCCGAGCAUGGUUCCAUGGCGCUUGGAUACGACAGUGAGGCAUGGGUUUUCGCAGGAUGACGAUGUCAUGAAACCAGCGCAUGCACGUGCCUCGAGUCCGAUCAAGCACUCGCGACCCUCAUACGAUGUCACGCUCAGCGAUGUGCGCAAAAUCCGUCGUCAGGCAGUUGUUGCAGCCUAUAAACCUCUUUCUUUACAGCGCACACCCAACACUACGCGUAAAGCUGAAGAUUACGGUAGUGGGGGAUGUAGCAAAGCAAGCAGCACAGCGGCGGACAGUGAGAAGGGCAAGCAAUUGACACCCGGCAAAGCUGCAGCGAGCUGGAAAGCUGAUGAUGUGCGCCACCGACAAUCACAUCACUCUUUGCGUGGUUUGAAGGAAAGCAAAGACACCGUAAACUCGCAUCCAAACUCGCAAAUGGAACUCAGACGUUCGCCCACGAUGAUCUUGCGACCCAGCAGAUCGAACAUUCGGCCGGGCCAAACAACACAGUUUGCAACGGACAGUCAAAGCCACUUGAGUGUUAAGACCACCCCAGUCAAUGUCAAUAUCAAUGUGUUUGCGGACAAACUUAAGUUGUUACGUGUUUGAAAAAUUUACAAUAACUUAACGAAGACCUGUCGAAUUAGCAAGCAUGAAAUUGCAAACGCACAAUUUUUGGAAUUUUGAACCGUGAUCAGUAUUCUGCCAACACAAGUCAUAGUAGGUACCUA